AUGCCGAGAGGAAAGGAGACAUCCGAGGACAUCAGGAAAAAGGUGGUGACAGCCUAUCAGUCUGGGGAAAGCUACAAGACCAUCUCCAAAAGAUUCCAGCUCCAUCCAUCCACUGUAAAACAAAUCAUUUACAAAUGGAGGGCACUCGGCAUCACCGCAACUCUGCCCAAAAGUGGACAGCCAUCAAAACUUCCCCCAAGAAGCACCAGAAAAAUAUUAAUUCAGGUAAAGGCCAACCCACACAUCACCUCCAGAGAGUUGCAGACCUCUCUAGCAGCAUCUGGGAUAAAUGUACAUGCGUCUACAAUCAGGCGAAAAAUCAAUAGACAUGGCAUUCAUGGAAGAGUUGCUAGAAGGAAGCCUCUGCUCUCAAGAAAGAACAAAGUUGCCCGUUUAAACUUUGCCAGAGAGCACUUGGACAAACCAGAGGCCUUCUGGAAGUCCAUUCUCUGGACAGAUGAGUCCAAAAUUGAAUUAUUUGGCCACAAUCACAGGUGCCAUGUUUGGAGAAAAGUCAACACUGCAUAUAAAGAGAAUAACCUCCUACCAACAGUGAAGCAUGGUGGUGGAAAUAAUCUCCUGCCAUCAGUCAGGGAGUUGAAGCUGGGACAGAAAUGGAUUAUGCAACAACACAAUGACCCAAAGCAUUCCAGCAAAACUACCAAGGAAUGGCUUAAGAGAAAGAAGAUUCGCACUCUGGAUUGGCCCAGUCAAAGUCCGGACCUCAAUCCCAUAGAAAUGCUGUGGCAAGAUCUGAAGCGGGCGGUACAUGCCAGAUGUCCCUCCAACCUCUCUCAGCUGGCGGAGUUCUGCAUGGAGGAGUGGGCAAAAAUCCCAAAAAUCAGAUGUGAGACACUCGUUUGUGAUUACAGAAGACGUUUGGUUGAAGUAAUGGCUGCAAAAAGAAGCUUUGCGUUGUUCUUGGAAAGUUGUGUGCCCCCUGUUACGAAUCCGCUGAGCAGCCUCGGGUGCCUCUCCGUCCUUGGCCUCGCCUCCCUUCAGUUGGCCCAGAUAAAGGCUCACUUGGCACUGCACCAGCUGAAUGUGAUUGCUACCAGAAACUUCACUUCCCCUCUCACCGCUGUACCUACCCCUACAUUGCUUAACCUGCUCAAAGUUACCAUGUCUCAUCCUAUGUAUAAUUCCAGUGGAGGACAAUACCCCAGUGGCCAAAGGUCUGUGGUCACUGGGCAGUAUGUUCUUGGUUCACAGACUGGCCUGGACCUGGCAGGAGCCCGCCUUGGUUCUGGUUCCAUGUCCGGUUCUCGUGAUGGAAGGAUGGUAAACCAGCAGAUGGCAUUUCCAUUGGGUCAGCGUCAGCCGCAGGUCUCUCGUGAACUUGAUGCUACGAUAGACAUGAACAUUCGUGGAGCUCGUGAGGAAGUGCGAAUGCUCAAUGAAAUGAGCAGCAAAGCAUUUUCCUCCUUAAAUGUAGGUCAUUCAAGUUCUUCACAGCGGUUCCAGUCUUCAGGUUUGAGCAGCAUUAGUGGACGUAGCGGUUUGGACAGCCAGCCCUCUUCAGAAUAUCAACCGACACGCUAUACCCCAGAGAGUGCCAAUAGCAUUUUGGCAAAGUUUGGACUUUCAAGCGAUGACCUUGAGCUCCUCAGCCACUACCCUGAUGAUCAACUGACUCCAGACAACCUGCCUUUUAUUUUGCGAGACAUCCGUAUGCGCAAAGCCAAAAGAAAUGUCUCUGACUCUGAGACACAACAGAGCAAAGUCAUCGAUUAUGGACAUUCAAGUAAAUUUGGUUUACCUGAGGAAAAAAAAAGCUAUGAACAGGACCGUCAUAAAGAGUCACGCAAGUUUGGUAUGGAGGUCCAAGGUGCAUCCUUUAGUAAAACGGACAAAAAUGCACGUCCACAGCAAACUCCAGCUGCUCCAGUUCGUGCUCAGCCUCCAGUUGUUCCAGGUCGUGCCCAGCUUCCAGAUGUAUCAGGUCGUGACCAGCUUCCUGCUGCUCCUGUUCGUGUCCAGGCACCAGUUGUGGUUCCAAAGCUUCAGCAAUCUACAUCGGUGGCUCCUCGACCCACUUCACAACUCUUGGACAUCGAAAGUGCUAUGGCAGUCCUAGGACGACUACCUGCUACACCUCCUGUACAGACACCUGCUGCACGACCAUCACCGUUUCCAUCAUUUACUGUUACUUCUUUGCUGCCGAUGGUCACUGGGUAUGACUUUUCUUCACCUGCGGGUGCUGCUGCAGCAGCUGCAAAGAAGCUGCCAACCCCCACCAUGAUGAACGAUUAUUCAGCUGCCACCCCAAGACUCUUUCCCCAUACAUGCUCUCUGUGUAACAUUGAAUGUAACCAGAUUAAGGAUUGGAUUGCACACCAGAACACAAGUCGUCACAUUGAGAGUUGUAGGCGUCUCAGAAAACAAUAUCCCGAUUGGAAGCCUGACACGGUUCCCGAUAGCAGGACUGAGACAAAGCUGGAACAUCGUAGUCCAAAACGUCGCACACGUUCACAUUCCUACUCCAGAAGUCCCAGUCCCAAGCGGCACCAUGGCUCAUCUAGUCGCCGUCAUCAAUCUCGCUCACGAAGCCCUCGACGGUACCAUCGGCACUCCCGGUCUCGAAGCCACUCGCGGUCCCCCCACAAGAAAUAUGGUUCGCCCUCAUACCGGCGGUGGUCUCGGAGCCCUCCAAGGCAUCGCUCGAGGUCACCUGGCUACAGUAGCAGCAGGCGCUCUCCUGUUCGAAGUUCUCGAAAACCAAGCCCCAGAAGGAGCAGUCCUUCUCGUCCACCUAGGUCAAGCAGCAGUGAAAGAUUAGUCAAAAAACUUCUUGAGUCUUCAGAACUAUCUUCAGUAUCGGACAGUGGCUCUCUAAAGGCUAUGGUGCAGUCACUGGCCCCGGCACUGCUGGCUGAGUUAGCCAAAAAGAGGAGCAUUAGUUCCUCAUUUUCUUCAGGAAAGAACAGCAGCAGUAAGAAAAAAUCCUCCUCUCCUUCCUCCAAAAGAAGCGAAUCCUCCAAGUCAAGCACCUCAUCUGCCACUAAGACCAGUUCAACCAAGGUUGCAAAACCUAGAACUCCCACUGGUCCUGGCACGUCCUGCUUGCUAAGAUUGAAGAAUAUUCCAUAUGAGACCCACCAUGACGAUCUUGUUAAGGCUAUUAAGCCAUUUGGGUCAAUUCAUACUCUCAUUCUUCUAAGGAAAAUUAAACAGGCUUCAGUGUGUAUGGAGAGGGAGGAAGAUGCCCAAGCAUUGCUUAAAUGUAAGGACUUAAAGCUGGCUGGCAGCCUAAUUGAAAUCUGUAUGGAAAAGGAUGCCAGUAAAGAACAACAGAAGAAAAUUGCUCCCAAGAAAAAGGAGACUCAACCUGCUACAGAAAAACAAAUGGGCAAGCCAUCACAAACAGCUAAAGCUAGGGAAGUGCGCAAGGUGUCACAAACACCUAAAGCCAAAGAAGUGGCCAAAUCGUCACGAACAGCUGAAGCUAAUGAAAUGACGAAAAAUGUACUACAAGAUAAAGGAAAAGGGGCUGUUAAAGCCAACCCUGCUACAAAAGUUCCUAGAGAGACGCCAGUUAAAAAAAUUGUAAAGAAGGAGAUCCCCUGGAGAAAGAAUAUAGUUGAGAUAACUGGUCUUCCAGAGACUGGCGUCACAGAAGAUGACCUUAAAAAUCUUGCUAGCCCCUAUGGCUUUGUCUUAACACCGGUUAUAGCUGUCACUCAGCAGAAGGCUUACUUGGAGAUGCCCAACACAGAGGCGGCUGAGGCACUGGUAAAAGCUUAUGCAGAGACUUCAGCGAAACUACACGACAAAGAGAUAAAGAUCAAAAUGAUGACUAAGCCUGUUGACCUUAAGUACACUGAAUCCUUAUUUAGAGCACUGAUGGGAUUGGACAAAUUGACUUUUCAGGAAAAGGCAUCGCUACCUGAUCGUCUGCUUACAGUCAGUAAUAUUCCAAAGACCAAGGAAGCAAUCACUGAAGUUCAAAACCUUGUCAAACGCUUUGGAUUCUUUAAGCAGUGCCUUCCUCUCAGUGGCAAGAUAAUUUUUGAAAUGGAUUCUGCUAGUAUUGCCAAAUCUGUUUGUAGUCGGUUUCUCAAAUUUCCUUGCAUCAUACAGAAUCAUUCGAUCUCUGUUAAACUUGUCAGAGUAUUCAAGUCUUCUAGCCAGAUAAAAGCGAAAUCUGUGGCUACAGGGUGUAAACCAGGUACCAAGGCAGGGGUUAAAGCACAAGGUAAAGCUAAACCUAACACAGCCCAGGCAACCAAUGCAGUUGUUGUCUCAGAUACAGCCCCCACAUCAACCUCAGCCACAGCUGAUGCUGAUGGCAGGAAAGAGAUCUUAAAAGAGACCACAAAAUGUGCUGAAAAUAAUGAAAACAAAACAGAAAGUAAAGCAACAAAUGAAAUGGUCACCAGUGCUGUUGCAGAACAGUCUUCUGCUGAAUUAGCAAUUACAGUCAAAGAGUCAAAUUUGCGUGAAAGCAGCAAUUCUAAAAUUGACACCUCUUCAGCUGACACUACUGAGAGUGAAACUAGGGUUGAAGUCAUCCAAACUGAAAACAUAACUGUCGUGGAGACAGAGGAAACAAAAUCAGUGAAUAGUGGUUUGCCCCAAGUUACACCUGAAGAAGAGACAUUUCUUAUGGACGUAACAGAGCAAUCUCAAAAUGCUCUUGUAAACACAACAGCUCUUGCUGAAGAAGCAGGAAUAGAAGUUAAAAAUAUAUCCAUGGACACAACUGAUUAUGCUGACAAAUUGCCAAUGGACACAGUCAAACAGUCUGAGACAUCACCCAUACAGACAGCUGGGCAAGCUGAGACGUUGCUAACAGAAACAACUGAACCACCUAAGAAAUUGCCAUUAGAGACAACCAAACAAGCUGAGAAGUCAUCAGUGGAGGUGGUCAAACAGUCUCAGACCUCACCCACUGAGACAACUGAACAUGCUGAAAAAUCUUUAAUGGCGACAACUGAGCAAGGUGAAGAAUUGCCAGCGGAUACAACCGAACAAGUUGUUAAACAAUCUGAGACAUCUAAGUCCAUAGAGACAACAGAGCAAGCUCAUAACUUGCCAGUGGAUAGAACUGAACAAGUUACUAAACAAUCGGUGACAAUGUCCAUGGAGACAGCUGGGCAAGCUGAGAACAUGUCAGAGGAUACAACUGAGCAAGUUACCAAACAGUCUAAGACAACGUCAAUGGAGACAACUGAGCAAGCUGAGAACUUGCCAGAGGAUACAACUGAGCGAGUUACUAAACAAUCUGAAACAACGUCAGUGGAGACAAUUGAGCAGGCUGAGAACUUGCCAGAGCAUACAACUGAACAAGUUAUUGAACAAUCUGAUACAACGUCCAAGGAGACCACUAAGCAGGCUGAGAACUUGCCAGAAGAUACAACCGAACAAGUUACUGAAACAUCGUCAAUAGUGACAACUGAGCAAGCUGUGAAACUGCCAAUGGAGACAACAGGACAAGUUGAGAUGACAUCACCCUCGGAGGAAGCCAAACAAUCUGAAGAACCACACAUUGAAAAAGCUGAACAUGCUGAAAGCAUGACUGUAGAACAGAAUGUAAUUGAAAACACUAAAUCAACGGAUGGCAGCGUUGAUAUUUCUUCACUAGUAGAAACAGAGGUUUUGAAUAAUGUAGAAAACACCAUCACGUCUUCUGUAGUUGUGGAAACAGAGUCUGAGAGAGUCCCCACAGAGAAUCCUGCACCUGGUAUUGAGAUUGCAGAGAACAACCUGGAGCCACAGGAUACAUUGGACCAGAAUGAGAUUCAAAGUCUGGAUGAAUUCAAGUUGUGUAAUCCAGUUCUAACUAAAACCACCUUGCAGUCUUCUGAGCAAAACCAGCAGUCUAAUAAAAAACAAUCAGAAAAUUUUGAUGACGUUCCACUGGACUUUCCACCAGUAACGCAGGAGAUCUUGAAGGCCCUGGAGGCAGCUGUCCAUCAGUGCCGUUUACAGUCAUCUUUAAAACGAGCUGAGGAAAAACACGGAAUAACUGAGGUGGAGAAUGCUGCAGAAAAAGUCUCGGAAAAGGGCUCGUCAGGCUCAAAGAAGCCCAUCACUUCAGAUAAGUCAGCAGAUAAAAAAAUUACCUCUGACAGUCGAAAGACCCAGUCAGACAAGGAAAGAAAAUCUCAAAGUUCUGGAUCUAGAAGCCAACAUGAUAAAAACAAAUCACCAAAAAGAGAAUCCUUAUCCAGACAAAGGGACAAGAGUAGUCUAGAAGAAAAGUCUCUAAACUUUAUGCGUGAAAGAUCAAGCUCUUCUUCGGGGUCUCGCAAAAGCAGAGCAGAUAGCAGCCCAACCUUAAAGCGAUCAAGGGAGCGUGAGGAGGAAGACUGCAAGAGUCGCAGCACCAGCAGAAGUACUCGAUCCUUACGGGGUGAUUCAAAAGCCAAGAAAAUUGAAGAGCCUAAAGAAGAAGAUUUUGAUGAACCGUUCCCCUUCAACUUAGAUGAGUUUGUUACAGUGGAUGAGGUUGUAGAUGUAGAGCACACUCCUUCUAAAUGUACUAAAUCAUCAUCAUCUAAAGCAAAGGUGUCUCAAGGUAAUUCAAACAGCUCAGCACCUAAAAAGAAACCUUUGUCCAGGGCCAAUGCAAAAAAGACUAGGAGCACUCCAGCGUCAACACCACAAAGAACCAGAACAUCUGGAAAAGCUAAGACAGAGUCUCAGGAAGUUGCAAACACAGUGGAAAUGGAGCUUAAAGACUCAGUUCAUCAAGCUGCUGUUGGUGAGACAGUAAAGGAAGACAGUAAGGAGAGCAUUGCUGAAAUUUCUGAAACCACUGUUUCCAUCAAAGAGGCCAUCCCAGAUGAUCAGCUUCUCAAACAUGACGGUCCCAACCAUGUUGAUUCCUCAGUUUCAGCAUUCAAAGAUCAAUCCCAAAUGUCUGAAGUAGUGGAACCGAAGUCCAAGUCAGCUGAGUCUGACACGGCAGCUUCGGAGCUGAAGAAUACAGAACGUUCAUUACAAGAGGCCCUGGUGACUCUUGAUGAGGUUUCUACAGAAGAUUUCACUGAACCUGGGUUGGAGGAGCUGUUGGGGUGCCAUACUGGUGAAAAUCCUGAAGCACUUUUAACUCUUGAUGAGGUGGGAGAUGAUGAUUAUGCAGAAGCUGAGGAUGAACAGCUAAAGAACGCACUUCAGGGCCUGGUCACUCUUGAUGAAAUCAAUGCAGAUGAAGAUGAGGAAGACGAGGGCUCUUUUAACCCUGAUACUCUACUUACACUGGAUGAGGCGGAAGGGGAUGAGGAAACAGACGAGAUCAGAGAGAAUCAAAUCAAGCGUGACGGCCCUAAAGCCGAAACAUCAGCCCAACCAGAUGUAACUGGAGGAUUGUGUUUGCUUGACCAAGAUGCCUGUGAUGUAGACGACUUACCCAGAAUGAAGUUUGUUACUGUGGAUGAAAUAUGUGAGGAAGAAGAGGAUGCCAAAGAGACAUUAGAUGAAGUGGCACCAGUCUCCAAAAAGGUUGGAAGGCCUAAGAAGCGAACUCGACAAACAGCAGUGAGGAAGUCUGUCAGAGGCAAGGCAGGGAAAUCAACAAACGGUAAACAGAAAGAAGAAUCACCCAAGACAGCCACUGUAAAAGAGGAGUCAUCUUCAGUUACAAAGUCUGCCACCAAAAAACAGAAGCAAUGUCAUGAUGUGACAGCUGUAGAAACUACAGACUCAUCUAUGAUGGAAGUUGUUUCCUCUGGAACAAAAGAUAAGAAGCCUGGUGUCAGCAGACUGGAAAAUCAGCUCAAUAACAAAGACACUGCUGCUCCUGAACGUGUGACUAAAAAAAGGGCUUCAAUUAAAGAGGAAUCAAAACUGAGACGACAUUCUGAGCUAAAUCAGGAGCCUCAAUCUAAGAGAACCUGCUCAAAACCAGUCAUAAAUGAGGACUUCAGUCUUCCCCCAUUUACCCCAGAUAACCCUAUUGGUGUAGACUUUGUGGUGCCCAAGACAGGUUUCUUCUGUAAGCUCUGCUCUCUCUUUUAUGGAAAUGAAGAGACUGCAAAGAAAACCCACUGCAGCAGCUUGCGGCAUUAUCAGAACAUGCAGAAAUAUUAUGAAAAGCUAAAGACAAAAACUGGCAGCUCAACUUGCACAUCAACUCAAAGUUCAACAUCUGAUUAAGUAUAAACAAAUGGCUAUUGUCUGUGUUAAUACAAUUUAAAAGGUCUAAUGUUUUGUUGUUAAAAUUUAGUUGGUUUCUUAAGUUUUCUAAAAGAGAACUUCUCUAAUAACUUCUUUUACCCAACAAAUAAAUACAUUUUAGUAAACAA